AUGCCCUGGAGCAGUACCAGUAGCCCUGCUCUUGGUGCAACUCAUUCGCCAAUCGCGGGCUCAUCUCCUACGAGUCGCCGGAACAAUGCCAUUCAGCCUCCGGCGUUGACAACGGCACUAAGUGGUGUUCCCUUCCAAAGCCUGAGUGCCGGUAGUAGGCUAGGGUAUACUCCGUCGCCAGCGACGUCUUUCUCGAGCCCGUUUUCGCAAACCCAGUCGCCGUACCUUCCGUCUCCCAGCGUUGCUAUCCCAGGACCGUCCCCAAUGGCUUCGAGAGUGCCGUCUUCGUCGUAUAACGCCCCAUACAACCCUCAGGAAUGGGCUCCCAUGGGGGGUGGUGGUGGCUCUCAAAUAACCCAUCUUGCCCAGCCGCAGCAGCGAAGUAAUGUCGUACGCGUCGCUCCACGUUCUUCAGAUACUCAGCUGUCGCCGCCGCCGCCUUACACCCCUCGUCACCAAGCAACAUCGCCGCAAGAUCAUACGUCUGUGCCGACUCCUUCCUUGCAAGGGCGCCCUCGUGAUGCUCCCGUACUACCGCAAGAUGCUCAUUCAAUGGGAUAUCGCAAUUCCGGCUCUCAAUCUCGACCUCUUUCAAUGAUCUCACAGAACGACGGCAGUGCGAAUUGGCAGAACGCAUACAUUUCCCCGCCCCCUCCACCUCCCGGGCCAUCUCGAUCGUCGCCAAUAGUCACUGUAGAUCCUUAUCGGGGUGGAUUUGAACCGGGACUUGGAAUAUCGCGACCUGGGUCUACCGCAUCUCAUUAUGCUGUCGCUCCGCCACAGCAAUCGCCAUAUGGAUACGCUGAAACUACCCCGCAAUUUGAACAUCCCCCAUCAUCUAGAAGAGCUGUAUCCACUGGCGCGCUACAGAGCACUGGCUCGUCGAGAGCGUCAAGCGCAUCGCAGAGUCGCUCUCCUCCGCGGACAAGAUGGGAACCGGGGAUGCCAUUACCACCACCUCCUCCUGGACCACCGCCAGGAAGGUCUCAGAGUGCCAGUGGCUCCUCGGAUGCGUCGUCAAGACGUGCUCUACAUGCCUCCAUUGGACGUGGUCCUCCAAUAUUGGGCACCGCUCUUGGCCGGGUCCCUCCAACUCCCGCUGACUGGGUCGAGGAGCCCACAGUACCAACAAGGGAAGUUCAUGAAAACAGUUCAUUGCACAUCAACACCGAGGUAAUACCCCCUUCGUCACAAUCGCUGUCAAAAAGGCCAGAGUCUGGUGAACGAUCCUCUUCUUCGCAACGAGGGAGUGGUCUAUUUCGCACCUUAGCUGUGAGGGAUAGUAGCGCGAAAGGAAUCCGCGAGCGUCGAAUAGAGAGUCGGCAUAAAAGGAACAAUGUGUCCGAGGAUCUAACGACCAUGUCAAAUAACCACCACCAAAGCAGCAAUCCAUGGGAAGAAUUUCCGAACCGAAUCACGCCUUCAAACCUCGUCCUUUCUAGCGCUGAACGGAAUGAUCCCACUGCAAGUGGCCAUCGUCAGGGGUCUUCGAAGCCACUUACCAGUGCGCGAAGCUCGAAAUCAGAAGAUGUGCCGUCCAGUAGCCGAUCCAGAACGUCAUCUGGACUCUUCUCUGGCCGGUCUUCAUUCUCCACGCCAAAACCGGAUUCUAUUUUCUCUCACCAAGAGAUCACACCCACUCCACCUUUCUCUCCUGAUCUUAAUUCGCCGUAUUCGAAAGAUCAGCAUAAUGUGUCUUCCUCUAAAGCUUUGCCAACACCUCCACAUAAGUCAGCCCAGGAAGUAAAAUCAGCUUCACGCCUUGGGGUCAGCAAGCCGGAAGAGAGGCCGGUAUCUCAUUUGUUGCAUCUGCCAAAUGAAAUCGUUUCCGUGCCAGCUCCUCUUCUACCACGUCGAAUGUCGAUAGAGCAAGCACCGUCUAUGGACUCUAUCAUUCAUCAGGGCCCCAGUCCAUUGGACGGCGCCUUGAGCAGAUACCAGGCUGUUCUCGACAAAGAAGCUGCGUCAACAAACGAGGCCGAUGCAUUGAAAUUAUUUAUAGAUUUUAUGAUUUCCGAGUCACGAAUUCGGCGCCAGCUAUACCCUAAAGCUUUCAACGACGGCGGUUUCGAUAUCGAUGGAGCUCGACAGAAGCUUUUUUCGCAGGAAAUCCCACAAGAAAAGCCUGCCAAAAUCAAGUUGGAUACUUCUUUCAAACAGACAUCACCUUCCCGCGGCGCAAAUGGUGCUUCUGGAGGCGUGUCAAGACCCGAAUCCGCCUGGUGGAAUAACUACCAGCCUUGUCUGUCUCCAAUUGCAAGCAUCAGCAUUGAGAAUGAUGAAAUGAGCUCUCGUGGUCGACCACCCAGCCGCUGGUGGGAGUCGAAGACGGGGUCUAGCAGUGAAGGAGCUGAACGUCGAGCUCAAAGAUCCAAACGGGAAUCAAAGUAUAUGGGAGUUCCCCGUGAGUUACGUGAGGCUAUGCAAAUGGGCUAUAAUGGGACUCUGCGAGAAGCGGAGGAGGAACAAGGCGCUGGUAGUCAAGAUGCGCCAUCGCUCGGCUACGGACCACAUGAAUACCCCCCUGAAAAGGUUGGGUGGCAUGAAGACGAUUCUCAGGACUUGGCUCAACCUCAGGUUUAUACUCCUCGAAAUGUGUACGGUCACGAUACUCGGCAGUACAAGUUGGAUAUUUCACGAUUGGUUACACUUCCACCACCGUAUCCACGACAUCAUCCUGCUGUCAACAACAGCCAUCCGGAUCUGGUGGCCUACCGAACCACUGUUCGCUCUAUCAGCGAUCUUUCUGAGGUUAAAGCGACCAGGCAGCGCAACCAGCUUCAAGCAGAAACGCUACGGCAGGAGCACGAUCAGAAGAUCCAGGAGAGUCGACGACAGUUUCGAGAAAAUAUCCAACAGCAGAUUCAACAAGGAGGUAUCUCAUAUGCCGAGGCUGCCGAAGCCGAAGCCGCUCUCGAAGUUGACGAGAAUCGAAUGGAAAAGGACUUGCUGCAGGGCCAAUUCGACUCUUACCAAAGCACUGUGAUGAAACCGUUGCAUGCCAUUCUCAGUGACCGUGUCAUGAAAGCCACCGAUUGCAUUAAUGAACUCAGUGGAAAAUUGAGUGCGGCUACUCAGCAUGAGAAUCCCAAUCAAACCCAAGAAGAAGGGGACGAGAAACCCGAGUUAUUAGAGCAGCUUACUCAACUGAAAUGGCUUUUUGAGGCUCGUGAACAGCUCCAUCGUGAAAUCUAUGAGCUGCUUGGCGAAAGCAAUGAGAAAUACCGUGCUGUUGUCACCUUGCCGUACAAACAAAGCAAGAAUGAGGAAAAGAUCCGAGAGACGGAUACGUUCUUUGUGAAAGAUGCUCUCGACCGCCGUGUUCAGUACGAAACGGAUAGCCUGUCUAGAAUCGAUGCCUUUAUGGAUAUUGUCGAAGAGAAUGUCAAGCGCGGCGUCGAGACUCACCUGUCGGCAUUCUGGGAUAUUGCUCCAUCCCUGCUGACAUUGGUGCAGCAGGCGCCCGCCAAUCUUUCCGACUUCCAGGUCCUCAUUCCGACGAGCGAGUACGAUGAAAACCCUAGCUACUACCAGUUUCCCCUACAGUAUCUGUAUUCCCUUCUCUCGCACGCGGAAAAGUCGACCUACCAGUUUAUUGAAUCCCAAAUCAAUUUGCUCUGUCUCCUGCAUGAGGUCAAGACGGGAGUCAUGAGCACGAGCUGCAAACUCAUGGAAGCCCAACGCAUUCGCCGCGGCGAACCCGAGGACUUUAUCGGACGGGAGAUGCAGAAACUGCGUGCCCGUGAAGAGCGCGACUUGACUGGGGACUUGAAAGAGAGAGUCUCGACGGUUGAAGUUCAAUGGACAGAGGCUCUUGGCGGCGAGAUACAAGGUCUUCGGGAGAGAGUCAAGGACCAUCUCAUGACUCAGGGUGGAUGGGAUGAUAUAGAGCAGUUAGAGUAG